AUGUGGUCAACUUUAACGGAUCGAUUUUCAUUAACACGAUCAUUAGAAAAUCUUGUUGUACAUCGACGAAUAAUAUGUUUAACAGCAGUUAAUGAUUCUCCUACAAAUACCAUUGCUCGAAAGACAAAACCGAAUGGAAUUGAUGAUUACCAACAUAUAAAAGCCUAUCAAAAUAUGAAAUCUCUUAAUUCACCUAAACAUAUUAUGAUGGAUUAUUCGGAUUUAGAACGAAGUAAUAUUUAUGCUGAAACACCACCUAAAGUUAAAUCAACAACACCUAUCAAAGAUUCGACAUCGGCACGUCAACGACCACCAAUACCAGUUCGUACUGAUUCAUCACGUAGUGUUGGUAAUACAUCAAUGUCAUCACAAACGACAACACCAUCUAAUUCAUUUCGUCAAGAUCCAAGAACAAUUAUGAGUCGAUCAACAGAUUCAUCAUCAUCAUCAUCAUCUGGAUUAACAUCGCAAAUAAAAAAUGUUACAAAUAAUAAUACUAAAUCAAAAUCAACAUAUGAUAUUGAAACAGCAAUUUUAUAUAAUAAUAAUAAAUGUUUAAAUAUGAUUACCAGUGCAUAUUCGAAACCAUUACAAUCAGUUAAAGAAGAUGAAUGUCUUGAAGUUAAUAAUAAUAAUAAUCAUCAUCAUGAAAAUUAUUCAAAGAAUGAUAAUGAACAGCAACGUAUACUUAUGGAUAUACUCAGAAGUAAAUCUCCAUCAUCGACUGUAUCAACCCCAAUGAUGCCACGAAAUAAUACAUCCCAUCAACGUUCAUCAUCAACUAAUCCAACAGAGGACGAAGUACCCGUAGGAAAUAUUAAUGGUUUUAUUCGUAAUAAUCAAAUUCGGUCAAGUCUUCCGUUUAUAAUUAAACCUGCUAUAAAUACAUCAAAAACAAAUUCACUUGGUCUUUGUUUUUUAAUAUGUGGAAAUGAAACAAAAAAAGUUCUUCUACCAGCUUAUAUAUCAUGUUUAGAUACAUUAAAAGCGUUAUUUGUUCGAGCAUUUCCACAAUAUUUAACAAUGAAACAAAUGGAUACGGAGAAUAUUCGAAUAUAUAUACGUGAAACUGAAAAAGAUAUUUUCUAUCAAUUAGAUGAUGUGAAUGAUGUAAAAGAUCGUUCAAUUUUGAAAAUUGUUCAAUUAAAUAAUAAUCUUAAACAACAUGUUUCAUUUAAAGAACCUGAAAUAAAUGAUUUCUCAAAUUCAACAAUCGAUAAUGAAGAUAUAACAUAUCAACGUUUGAGUCGUGUUGGUCGUACAUCAAUGAUUACUAAUGGAUCUGAUGAAGAAAAACUAAUUGACAAUUCACAACGAUCUCAUAGUGAACCAAGACGAGAAGUAACAUCUAGUACUCAUACUCAACCAUCUACUACGUUAAAAGGUAUAUUAUCAUCACCAAGAAGUGGUUCAGUAACACCUCGAAUUGAAGACAAUGAUGCUCGUACAAAAAUAGUACUAAUGGAAAAACAACUUGAAUCUUUAACGGAUCUUGUUAAACAAUUAACAACGCCAACAAAAUCAAGAGUUUUAAAAAAUUUUCAUAAUAAAUCAUUUGAACAACAAUUACAUGAAUUAAAAGUAAAAACUCAUACAUUACGUAAUGAUUUAAUAUCAAUACGACGUAUGCAACAAUCAAUACAGGAAAAUUUUAAAAAUGAACUUGAUAAAGCAAAUCAAAAAAUUCAAGAACAAUUUGUUCAAAAUGAAAAAUAUCGUUAUAUCGAAAAUGAUUUUAAUUUCUAUAUUCAAAAUCGUACAAAAAUUGAUCAAGAUCUUGAAGAUUUAGAAAUAUCUGUUGAAGAAUUACAAAAUGAUGUGAAAUCGAAACAAUGUUAUGUAACAAUAAAUGAUGUUGAAGGUUUUGCAUUCAUACUUAGUACAAUAAGUCGUUCAUUAGUAGAUUUAAAAGCAACGUUUCCUAUAUUACAACAAAAAUUAUCAUCAUUUGAUCAAUCAACAAUAAUAAAAUUUUUACGUGAAGAACCCGAACGUCUUGAUUAUACAAUUAAAAAAUGUAAACGUUUAACAACAAUGCUUUAUCAACUUAAACGAGUAACAAUUAAUCAAGAAAAUAAACCAAUAAGAAAAAUAGCAUUUCAUAUUAAUGAAAAAUUAGCUGAUCGAAAACGUUUAUUAGAAGAAAUUCAUUUAGUUACAUUGAAUUCAGAAGAGCGUCUUAAAGCUAUUGAGAAAGCAGAAAAAUUACGAAAACGUCGUUUAUAUUAUGAAAUUCAAUUAGAAAAUCUUAAACAAGCAAAAACAACUCCUGAACAAGUUGAUGGAUAUUUUGAAACACGAAGUUUAACAAAUUCUCUUAGUACUCGAACAAGUAUUUGUUCGACUGAUUCAAAUAAUUGUCCAUCACCUUCAUUAUCAUAUAUUAUUCGUCAAGCAUUAAUAACUCCAACAAUAACAAAUGAUUGUAAACCUCGUUUAUCAUCAACUUCAAAAUCUCCAUCAAAAGUAACAUUUUGUCAACAAUUAACAACAAAUGAAAAAUCUUUAUCAAUCAAUAAAAAACCUAAACCAAAUCCUCCACCACGUAUUCAAAGUACACCAUCAUCAUCAGCUGUAUCAAGUGCAUCAUCAAGUUCAUCAUCAUGUACUGGUGGUAAUUCACGUUUUUGUGGUAUUAUACCAUUAAUAUCAGUUGAACGUCGACAAAAUGGACGAUGUUAUUCAUUUUCAUCAUCAAGUACGGAUACAGAUUCAGUUAUAUCAAAUUCACAUAAUCCACGAUUUACUCAAACAACAUUAAUGCGUACUUCUGUUACUGAUUUGUAG